UGCCUGCACAUGAAGGCGCCCUCGAUGCGUGCGCACCGUGCUCUCUCUCUCUGUCUCUCUCCCUCUCUGAGAGCUGAAGAGCUCGUCGCUCCGAUCCGAUCCGACGCUUCAAACGGGCGCUCAGCUCUUCGCCUCCGUGUGACAUUCCCGUGUCCUGUGGGCGGUCGCUGCGCCGACACCGGCCGCGUUGCUGAACUUUUGUGGAAGUGUGUGGAUCUGUUGCGCGGAGAGCCGAGGGAGGUGUGGGAGGGAGGAAUGCGCCGAUUUGGUGGCUUUGUUUUUGCUCUCCUCGGAAUAUUGUCGUGACUUCUUCAAAAAAACCUGCAGUGUCCCGCAGCAAUAUCGGGUUGUUGUUGUUGUUGUUGUUGUUGUUGUUUCUCCCCCGGGCGUGUGCAGCCGACAGUAAACAUGCAGCAUGAUGUGCAGCUGCACGCUUCGCCCUGACGGACUGUUUACCUGUGUUGAAGCGGAGUGAGGAGGAGGAGGUUGCUCGUCGGUGGCCGCGCGGUGCGGACGCUCCAUGGGUAACCGCCGUGCGUAACGCUGGCUCUCCAUGGAGGGCUCCUCGGCACGCACACUUUGAGACGGUGAGUGACACUCGAGACAAGAUGAGUCAGGACCAGGACGGGAUAUCGUUGCCGGUGCCUUGUUUGGGCUGCAGAGAGAGCCUCGCCGGGGAGGGCACGAGCAGCAGCGGCAGCACAGGAGGAGGUGGAGGUGGAGGCGCCUCCUGCAUCCCCGCCGCUGGAACUUUCUGGCACGACUCGAUGGUCAGCAGCGGGGGGCUCAGCCCCUCCGCCGGGGACUGCCCGAUGGAUGGAGGCGGCUUGCUCUCCACCGGGAAGUCCGGCAAAAGCAGGCCGGUGACGGUGGCGUACGUGGUGAACGGAGAGGGGCUCCAUCAGAACAACGCGGAGAACAUGGCUCUGCAGUGCCUGAAGGACGCCUGCGAUACGGUGGGCAGCAAGCUGGAGACGGUGAACUUUGGUAAACUGGACUUUGGGGAAACCACCGUGCUGGACAGCUUCUACAACGCAGACAUAGCCGUUGUGGAGAUGACGGACGCCUUCCGCCAGCCCUCGCUCUUCUACCACCUGGGAGUCCGAGAGAGCUUCAGCAUGGCCAACAACAUCAUCCUGUACUGCGACACUAACUCCGACUCCCUCCAGUCCCUGCAGGAGAUAAUUUGCCAGAAGAACACUACGCGCUCAGCCAACUACACCUUCAUCCCGUACAUGGUGACGCCCCACAACAAGGUGUACUGCUGUGAAAGCAGCCUGAUGAAGGGCCUGACCGAGCUGAUGCAGCCCAGCUUUGAGAUGCUGCUGGGACCCAUCUGCAUGCCGCUACUUGACCGCUUCGUCCAGCUGCUCAAAGUGUCCGAGGCCAACUCCCACCAGUAUUUCCGCGAGACGAUUCUGAAUGAGAUCCGUAAGGCUCGGGAGUUGUACACCGGCAUGGAGCUUGCCGCCGAACUGAACCGGAUCCAGCAGCGGCUGGACAACGUGGAGUGCCUUUCGGUCGACAUCGUCAUCAACCUGCUGCUGACAUACAGGGACAUCCAGGAUUAUGAGGCCAUCGUGAAGCUGGUGGAGACUCUGGAGAAGCUUCCGACCUUCGACCCCGUGGCCCAUCCACAUGUGAAGUUCCACUACGCCUUUGCACUGAAUCGGAGGAACCUCCCGGGCGACAGACAGAAGGCUCUGGACAUCAUGCUGCCCCUGGUGGAGGGCGAGGAGCAGGUGGCCUCAGACAUCUACUGCCUGGUGGGACGCAUAUACAAGGACACGUUUCUGGAGUCUCACUACACUGACACGGAGAGCAGAGACAGCGGGACACACUGGUUUAAAAAGGGGUUUGAGUCGGAGCCAACACUACACUCUGGUAUCAACUACGCUGUUCUGCUCCUGGCAGCCGGACACCAGUUUGACACGUCUUUCGAGCUUCGCAAAGUGGGAGUGAAGCUGAGCAGCCUGCUGGGGAAGAAGGGCAGCCUGGACAAGCUGCAGAGCUACUGGGACGUGGGCUUCUUCCUGGGCGCCAGCAUCCUGGCCUGCGACAACACCAGGGUCAUCCAGGCCUCUGAGAAACUCUUCAAACUCAAAGCCCCCAUCUGGUAUCUGCGCUCGAUCGUGGAGACCAUCUUGAUCUACCAACAGUUUAAGAAGCCCGGAACCGAGCAGCCGGCGCCCAAGCAGGAACUGGUGGACUUCUGGAUGGACUUCCUGGUGGAGGCUACCAAAAAAGACAUCUCCUCUGUUCGAUUUCCUGUGUUGAUAUUGGAGCCCACUAAAGUUUACCAGCCUUCAUAUUUGUCCAUAAACAAAGACGUGGACGACAACACGGUGUCCAUCUGGCACGUCGCUCCUGAUGACAAGCAGCACAAGGGGAUUCAUGAGUGGAACUUCAGCGCCACAUCAGUACGAGGCGUCAGCAUCUCCAAGUUUGACGAGCGCAGUGCCUUCCUCUACGUCCUCCACAAUGCUGAGGACUUCCAGAUCUACUUCUGCACAGAGAUGCACUGUAAAAGAUUCUGCGAUAUGGUCAACAGCAUAACAGAGGAGGCCUGGAAGGGUCCAGAGGAGGGAGACUGUGACACCGACGCCUUAGAGUACGACUAUGAGUACGAUGAGCACGGAGAGAGGGUGGUUCUGGGUAAAGGUACAUUCGGAGUGGUGUACGCAGGCCGAGACCUCAGCAACCAGGUCCGCCUGGCCAUCAAAGAGAUCCCAGAGAGAGACAGCAGGUACUCUCAGCCGCUCCACGAGGAGAUCGCUCUUCACAAGCACUUAAAGCACAAGAACAUUGUCCAGUACCUCGGCUCCCUCAGCGAGAACGGCUUCAUAAAGAUCUUCAUGGAGCAGGUGCCUGGAGGGAGUCUGUCUGCGCUGCUGAGGUCCAAAUGGGGCCCUCUGAAAAACAACGAGUCCACCAUUGGCUUCUACACCCGGCAGAUCCUCGAGGGACUCAAAUACCUGCACGACAACCAGAUAGCACACAGAGACAUCAAGGGUGAUAAUGUUCUCAUCAACACCUACAGCGGCGUCCUGAAGAUAUCAGAUUUUGGCACAUCCAAGAGGUUGGCGGGGAUCAACCCCUGCACGGAGACUUUCACAGGCACACUACAGUACAUGGCUCCUGAAAUCAUAGACAAGGGUCCGAGGGGAUACGGCAAGCCAGCAGACAUCUGGUCUCUGGGCUGCACCAUCAUAGAGAUGGCCACUGGGAAACCACCUUUCUAUGAGCUGGGAGAGCCGCAGGCUGCUAUGUUCAAGGUGGGCAUGUUUAAGAUCCACCCGGAGAUCCCAGAGUCCAUGUCGCUGGAGGCCAAAGCCUUCAUCCUGCGCUGCUUUGAGCCCGACCCGGACCGCCGCGCCACCGCCCUCGACCUGCUCACCGACGAGUUCCUCACCGUCACCAGCCGCAAGAAGAAGAGCAAGAGCAGCUUCACAGCUCUGACACCUGGGUCAGAGUACCUGCGCAGUAUCUCCCUGCCGGUGCCGGUGGUGGUGGAGGACACCAGCAGCAGCAGCGAGUACGGCUCCGUCUCCCCUGACAACGACCUCAACACCAACCCCUUCAUCUUCAAGCCCAGUGUCAAGUGCUACAGCGAGAGAGAUGUCAAGGGGCCAAGGUCGCUCUUCCUCAGCAUUCCAGUGGAGAACUUUGAGGACCACAGCGCGCCUCCGUCCCCUGAUGAGAAGGAUUCAGGCUUCUUCAUGCUGCGGAAGGACAGCGAGAGACGAGCCACCCUGCACCGCAUCCUGACCGAGGACCAGGACAAGGUGGUGGCCAACCUGAUGGAGGCCCUCACACAGGGCUCUGAGGCGAUGAAGCUGAAGCCUCAGCACAUCUCCACCCUCGUGGUCAGUCUGGCCGACUUUGUUCGCAUGGCAGACAGGAAAAUCAUCGCCAGCACGCUGUCUCAACUCAAGCUGGAGCUGGACUUUGAGAGCACCGCCAUCAGUCAGCUGCAGGUCGUGCUGUUCGGCUUCCAGGAUGCUGUGAACAAAGUGCUGCGAAACCACAACAUCAAGCCUCACUGGAUGUUCGCUCUGGACAACAUCAUCCGCAAAGCUGUGCAGACGGCCAUCACCAUCCUGGUGCCAGAGCUGAGGCCUCACUUCAGUCUGGCCUCGGAGAGCGACCCGGCCGAGCAGGAGGACGUGGACGACGACGCUGAGCCCGACAGACACUCCACCCACCUGAGCCGGGCGCCUCCCGUCGCCGCUCACGACGACACCGUGGCCACGUCAGGAGUGAGCACGCUCAGCUCCACCGUCUCCCACGAGUCUCAUAAUGCCCAGCACUCCGUGAGCAUGGAGCUGGGGAGGAUGAAGCUGGAGACCAACAGGCUGCUGGAACAGCUGCUGGAGAAGGAGAGAGAGUACCAGGCCAUCCUGCAGCAAGUGCUGGAGGAGAGAGAGCAGGAGAUCAGACUACUGAGGCUGCGAUCUGAGCCCGCAGACGUCCCCACAUCUUCAGAUGGUCCAGAGGGACAGACGGAUCCUCCUUCACCAAGACAUGAAGACCCAGAGCUGACCAGCUGGCUGAUGCUUUACGGUGCUGACCAGGACUCCAUAGACAGAAUACUGAAUGAAGAGUACACGCUGAGCGACAUCCUCCACGAUGUAACAAGAGACGAUCUGAAGAGUUUAAGACUGAGAGGUGGGAUCCUGUGUAAACUAUGGAAGGCCAUCACAGAUUACAGGCAGAAGCCAACCUGAGGCCUUAAGUGGCGACAACCACUCAGAGAAGUCAGGACCUUUGUCCCAACAGCUCAGUAUUCUCCUCUUACCUCAGUAUUUAUAAGAGCAAGACUUUUAGGAGAAGACCGUAUGUCUGACGGAGAGCAGCUUUCCACCCACACAAGAAACUCUUUGACUCUUCGUGUCGGGAGUGUUUUGAUAAUUUUGAAAAAAGGCUUUUGGAAAAAAAAAAACAAUCAAAAAAACAAGGUCACUUUGAAAGCAACAGUUACUCAGAAGUGCCACUAGUUUUGCUACACCAGAUGGACAUUACGCAGCUUUUUGCUACCGGUGGGUUAGAAAUGACAACAAGGAGGAAAACCUUGAAAACUUUCAAAAAGGUUUCUCCCGUCUUUACAAGAUGUGACGUUUACAAAACUUGAGACUGACCGUUUUCUAAUACAAGCCUGAGAUACAAAGUACUACAUUCAAAAUCAUCUGUGCUAAUGUUUUUACCAUCGCCAUCUUAUCACUACUUUAUUUAAUGCUUUUUAAUUUAAUUGUUAUGGUAAUCUGAAGGACGUCAGCGCAUGCCCCCCUUUUAUUUUUAUUUUUUAUCUAUACUGAGACUUAUUUAAAUUGUUGAUGCUUUUUUUUCUUCACAUUUCCUUUUUAUAACACGGAUCUACAUUUUUAUUUUUCCGAGACAUGUAAAUAUUGUGUUAUAAAAUUAUAUGUGAAUGACAUUUAUGUACUUCAAAAAUACAUUGAGGAACAGAAUUAAAUCUCCAUGUGGAUCAGACAGAGUCUUUAAUGAACACAUCUGAAAAAUGAAUUGUAUGAUAUUGUAUUUUCUAAUGUCACAAAUCAAAUGAGAUGAUAUUCAGUUAGUAAUUAAUAUUACAUUGACUCAUUUGCUCUGUUUUUAUUGUUGUACACUGACAAAAUUGUGCUUAUCUGGCUUGUGUUCUGUAGAUAUGAUCAUCCAAUCUGAUGUGUGUUUGUUGUGAUGAAAAAUCUGAAAUGCAAAACAAAAUUUCACAUGGACGAGCCUUGACCUUUUUUUUUUUUUAUUUUAAAACAUGAUGUCAGAUAUGGGGCAAGUAAUCAUGAGCAGUGUGUCCGUUUUGUUUCCUAUCUAAAACUAAUCAAGAUCUUUGUGAUAUAUUGUUAAAAUAAAGCUUUUCAUCUUGAAACUGUGAAA